AAAAAAUUGGCCUAAGAUCCUGAAUAAUGUUUGGUUGACUAAACGACACGCUGUGGACGAAAGAAUUGGAUAACGUGGGAAUCAGACGCCAUAUUCAGCAUGAAGAUUUUAUUCCCUUGGCUACCCCUGUUAUCAACUUUACCAUUAUCUUCGUCAAACUUCUACUUCAUGUCAUUUUGGCAGAGCCCAACAACCCCCGCCCACAAAAAAAGAAAAAAAAAAAAAAAAAAAAAGCAACCUUUAUGCGUGGGCAUCAUCUUUUGCAUGAUGAGGCUAUAUAAAAUUGUUCCUUUACCUUUUAUUUUUAGUUUUUGUCCUUUUUAUUUUCUCAGAAAAAAAGAAAAAAGGGGGGAAAAAAAAAAAAAAAAAGGGUAGGCUCUGUCUUCUGCUGGUUUGAUGAUCCCAGCAUUGGGUAUUUAUGUUGAAAAUUGGUAUGCUCAAUAGAUUUAUUUCAUGUGAUUGGUCCUUCACCAUGGCUUCCGCUUCCGAAGGGAUGGCUGUAGUGAUCAUGGGUGUCAGUGGUGCUGGAAAAACCACAAUAGGUGAGUUGCUAGCAAAAGAGACAAAUUGUAAGUUUAUUGACGCAGAUGAUUUCCAUCCCGUAUUAAACAAAGAAAAGAUGUGCAAUGGGAUCCCUCUUUCAGAUGAAGACCGGAUUCCUUGGCUUGAAAUGCUUCAGGAUGCCUUAAAAGAGAGCAUCGAAAACAAAAAAACUGUAAUUCUUGGAUGUUCAGCUCUGCAGAAACGGUACAGAGAAAUUCUAAGAUCUGGCGACCCUAAUUAUGAACUUGCAAGCUAUGCCAGUGUUGUGAAGUUUGUUCUCUUGGAUGCUUAUGCUGAGGUGCUUGCCGCUCGGCUAGAGAAGAGAGUUGCAGAAGGGAAACAUUUCAUGCCGGCCACACUUUUGCAAUCUCAGUUAGAUUUGCUUCAGAUCGAUGAUUGUGAAGGAAUACUGAAGGUUGAUGCUACUCUAAGUCCUCAGGUCAUAGUUAAGACUAUACAAGAUUUAAUUUUUAAAGUCAAAUAGAUAACCAUAUGUCUUUUACAAAGCUCUUAAAGAAUUUGUUUAGAACUGUGUUUGCUACCAUGAGAAUUGAAUACCAGUUGAUGCUUGAAACGACUGUUUAGAA